AGAAGACAGAAGUGAAGAAGUGAGGUGUCCCUCCAUCGAAAGAACGGAUGUGAGCGGUAGAAAACAUGCAGCAGCAACUGCAGGCACCGGCCGCUACAACUCCACAGCCGGAGCCGGCGGAAUCCAGCGAAACCCAAGCGGACGCACCGCCAAAGCAGGUGGCGAUGGCAAUGGAGAGUCUGGGACGCGCCAGUCGUCUCAUCGCUGACAUCAGGAUAGGUGCUGAUCGUCUCCUCGAAGCGCUUUUUGUCACCACACAGCCUCAUCAAUCCAACAAACCCCUACAUUUGAUCCUCAAGGAGGAGGCUUUGAUGCGUCAACACUUUCAAGAUCUCCGAGCCAUUGGAAGGCAACUGGAAGAUUCCGGGGUUCUAACUGGAUCUCUUCGUUCGCGAAGUAAUUCUUGGGGUUUGCACAUGCCCCUUGUCUGUCCAGAUGGUGCUGUUGUUGCUUAUGCUUGGAAACGUCAACUAGCUGGCCAGGCUGGUGCAUCAGCCGUUGACAGAGCCAGGCUGGCUCUCAAGGCAUUCACCGAUCAGAAGAGGCGUUUCUUUCCCCAUCUUGAAGAGGAACCAUUAGGCCAAAAUUCUGCUGGAGAAUCUUUAGCUUUGAAGAAACACUGCGGUUCCCAGGCAUCAGUAGCAGGUCUCAAAGAGGAGCUUAAUGAGUACAAAACAUUAUCUGAUGUUCUAAUGCGCUUGGAAAAGGAGGUGCCUAAUGUAAGAAUUUUCACUUACCAACGCUUAGACUGGUUGAAAAGAGCUUCAGCAUUGUUAUCUUCAGCUAAAGAGAAUUCAGUAGAAUCAUCCAAAGAGCAUAAUUUCAACAGUUCAAAUAAAUUAAGAACUGGGUCUCUAGGAGCUGUUGCUUCAGAUCAGAUUGCUGUUGUUGAGUUGGUGGUGCCUUGUGUUUUCAGAGCGAUAGUAUCAUUGCAUCCACCUGGUUCUAUUGAUCCUGAUGCAGUAGCAUUCUUUUCUCCUGAUGAGGGAGGAAGUUAUAUUCAUUCAAGAGGGUUUUCGGUUUAUCAUGUAUACAGACACAUCUCGGAACAUGCUGUCAAGGCGUUGCAGUAUUUUCUUGGCAUUAAAGCUGAUACAAUACUAUAUCUUCUUUUGGAUUGGAUCUGCAGUUAUCAAACACUGUUUACGAAAGUUUGCAGUAAGUGUGGGCGGCUUUUGACUAUGGAUAGUGCAUCAGCUUUACUGUUGCCUCCUGUUCAUCGACCUUAUUGGCACUCUUCUGCUACUAAAAGCUCAUCAACCCCAUUGUCCUUGUCAACUAGAGAUCUCUCAACAGCAUACCAUAUUGGGUGUUCCUCAGAUGAAGUGUAGUCACUUCCAUUGCUUAUCAUUAUCAUUAGCUCAGGCUUCACAUUAAGAAUACAAGAGAAUUUGAUAUCAGGAGCACUGUAAGAUCAAUCCGUUCUUUCCAAGGAUGAUUUCUACCAUCAUUGUAAUUUGAUUCAGAAUUGAGAAGGCCUAAAAUCAAUUAAAAUUCCUCAUGAUAGAUUUAACAAAUCUAGGUUAUAAAUGGUGCUAUACAGGUAUGUUUUACAUUUGUUAGAGCCUAGGUUAUGUUUAGUAGUUAGAUAUUCAAAUACAGUGACUCCCCUCCCUUUUUUAC